AUGCUGACUCCCUUCUGCGAAGCCUACAAUGUCUCGCGCCAGACGACCAACACUGAGGGAGAGCUCCGGUUGGAGUGUCUCUUCUGGAGAAUAUGGGGCAGCCAGCGUCUCUCUAGCACAAUCACUACCCAGACUUUGGAUGGACUGGUACUGAGAAUCAUGACUCCCUCUUCGCAUGAAUUGCCCGCGACUCGUCAUGGAAGCCAGGCCGUGCAUGUUGACAGUGACCCUCCGACCACUACUAUCCUUCACCAGCACCCCAGCGUGCACACUCAAUCCCAAACUGCCAACGGCACAAACAAGGCUGGGCUCCAUUCAAUCCUAAAGAAACCGCACACUGCACAGAGUGAGCCCCAGAAGACUACUCGUCUCCUCCUUGAGCAACCCGAUGGAAAUAGCAUCACUCGUAACCCUUCUAACCCUCCCACCCCCAACAUGGCUGAGCUGAAUACCCAGGAGAACCACCCGGCUCGAACGGGACAGAAGAAGACAUCCUUUGCCGCUGGCCGAUCGAAGCGAGGCCUAAGGCGUCGACCAGCUUUCAACCGCCGGUCAUCCUCGCAGUCAUCCGUCUCCAAGUUUUCGUCUCCAAUCCAAUCAAGUUCCCACACCUACGAGGUAUUUGGCUCCUAUGAUCAGGAUGACUCUGUGCUGUCUCCUCAUGUCACUGCGGGCUCAGAUACAACCACCGCAACAAGCUGGAUCGAUCUCAAGUCUGUUGAAGCAUCGCUGCCCGUGCCGCACCCAGGCACUGGCACCACCGGAACCAUGACACCUCCUAGCCCUGACCUGGCGAUCUCAGAUAAAGUUCACCCAGCCAAGCGGCCGGACAUCGCCCCGGCCGUGCUGGCCAUAUCAGACAAACAGGAUCCUAUCCUGCCGCAGGGAAUAGAGACGGUUAGUGACGACCCCCAGCGAGAGCCGACCCAGGCCACAAAGCAGAAAUCUGAACCCGAGAUCCCCAGUUCCUUUGAGGACUUCUUUUCUUUCCCAGAGAUUCCAGAUUUCCCAGACACCCCAUCUCCCCCGGACACUACCGAUCAACAACCCACCACAGACUCCAUCCCCUCAUCGCCUAGCCUUACCCAACUCGAACUCGCAGAAGCAGACAACUCCACCGAGAUGCUCAUCGAGCUCUUCAAAAUCAUCAACGACCGUGACCCCCUCCCGGCAGGGAAGGAUGCGCCCCACGUCCCAAUUCGGCCAUGGUUCACGGCACAGCGCCAGUGGCUCCCGGCGCCGCGGGAGCAGAAACUCUUUGAGUGGAUGUUGCAGGACCAUACCUCUGUUAUUUAUCCGCAGCCGAAGAAUGACCGACUCUUGCCGAGGAACUACCGGGCUCAGUGGGUGGCUGCUUUAAAUUCGUGGAAAUUUCAUAUAGCGAGGUCCAGGAAGCCUGGUUUGUACAGUCAUAAGAAGGGACUUGCUAUCCUAGGGACUAUCUACGAAGAAGAUGAGGUGGAUGAGGAGCAGUUUGGAAAGGACCUGUGUACGCCUGAGAAGGAAGGGGAGUGGUGUGAUUUCGGGUCAGCGGAUGGCACUCUUGUUCCUGAGGAGGCCUGA